UACAAAUUUGAAAACUAAAAAUAGCCUACUGAACAAAUUUCCAACUGAAAACACAUUUAAGCUAACGGCAAUAAAAUUGCAAGAAAAAUACAAUCGAAUAUAAAAUCACCAGUGGAUACCCAAAAAGAGCCGUCUCCCCAGCAGCCGUCAUCAGCGUCGCCAAGCAGCUGCAGCAAAGGACAAAUCUGCCUUGAAGAGAAAAAAAUUCCCUUAUCAACAAAAAUUUGAUAUCAAAUUCCCUACCGCGCUCUUCUCCGUUGUCUGCACAAUUCGUCACAGCCGCAAACAACAUGGAUUUUGAGCUCUUGCUCUGCUUUAUUCUGCUAAUCGCGGAUUUCCACCGCAUUUCCUGCCUUUUUGUGACUGACAUCAACGUACCGGAAAUUGUUGAUUUUCGCGAUAAUGUUACGUUAUCAUGCAGUUAUGAUAUGAGUGGACACACAUUGAACUCAGUGAAAUGGUAUAAGGAUAAAAUGGAAUUUUUCAGAUACUCGCCAAUGAUGCAUCCGGUGUACAUGAAAUUCCCCGUCACUGGCAUUCAAGUGCAAGAUGGCAAAUACUUCUGCAACGAAUCGACGUGUCGCAUUGAAUUGAGUUUACUCGGCGCCAAAUCCACUGGAGCAUACAAGUGCGAGGUUUCUGGUGAUGCGCCACUUUUCAAAUUGGCAGAUAAGGCGGACAAUAUGACUGUAGCAGCGCUACCUCAAAGUGACCCGUUGAUCGAGAGUUUCAAUUCAAUGUAUCGCAUGGAGGAAUUGCUCAGCGCCACUUGCACCUCGGACUAUUCAAGUUUGCCGACGCGCCUGACCUGGUACAUCAAUGGUGAGCAGGCUUCUCUGGGUGAGCUGCAGCCCAGCAUCGACACUAGCAUUCCAGCGCACGAUUAUAUCCUGCGUCGCCAAAAGCUUCAGGUGCGCUUCUACUUGAGCGGCCCACGCUUCUAUCAUGCAGGAAAAAUUCUCGAGCUGAAGUGUGUGGCGGAAAUUGAAAAUUUUCCGGAACUGAAGCGCGAAACAUCACUGAAUGCUGCGCUCAUCCACUAUGACAACUUGAACAAUCAGAUGCUGAUACAUGCGGGCAGCGGAGCGAGUGGCAGUGCGAGUGCUUUCACGCAUCGCAGCUCCCGUAAAAGUAUUCCUCUUUUAUUUGUGAUAUAUUUACUUCUCUCCAGCGUGUUGCCUUUCUUAUGAUCUGCCUGCUAUGCACACGCAAUCAACCAGAAACAACAAUGCAACAGGCGACAGAAAAUGCAA